UUUCAUCUAAAAAAAUUGUUAUUCGAUUUUUUAAAAUUAAAUAUUAAAAUGGUGCUUUUGUGAAUGCAUUUUACAUUGUAGUUGAUGGUUGAAUUACUCAAUUCAGUGAAGAUCUACAAUGACAUUUUGUGGCCUUUACCGCUUUGCCUUUAUUUUUACAAGGCCAUUAAAAUUUUAACACGUGUGAGGAAAGUGGUGAAAAAUACGGAAAGGCUACCCCACAAUUUUUUAGGGUUGAAUGGUUUGAAUAAUGUUUCAAAAAUGGAAAAUGAAAAGGGUAUAAAGCGGUGUACAAACGAUGAAAGUACAACGAUUUGUGAUAUUCCUAAUAAGAAGUUAAAUGAUAAUACCAGUCAAGAUUCAGAAGAUACUCAAAAUGAGGUAAAAUAUUUCAACGGCGUUGAAAUUUCUAAAUUAAGCAAAAAGCAAAGGAAGAAAUACCAGAAAUGUCUAAAAUGGGAUGAAGUUAAAAAAGAAAAACGUGCAAAAGAGCGCUUAAAAACGAAAGAGAAAAGGAUACAUGCUAAAUUAAAUAACAUAGAUCUAGGGCCAAGUAGAAAGGAAUUAAAGCGUGUAAAGAUGAAAGACAGUCCUUGUAAGAUUAACAUAUGUAUAGAUUUAAGUUUUGACGAACUUAUGAUAGACAAAGAUAUGGCAAAAACUAUUAAACAAGUGUUAAGAAUAUAUACAGUAAAUAGAAGAGCUAAAGCACCUUUGCAGUUACAUUUAAGCAGCUUUAAGGGCCGCAGUGAAAAGGAAUUCAACAGACACCAUGGUUUUGAACAUUGGGAUAUAAAUUUCCACAGUGACGAUUAUAUAAAUGUAUUUCCAAAAGAAAACUUGGUGUAUUUGAGUAGUGAAAGUGAAAAUGUUUUGAAUGUUUUAGAAGAAAAUAAAGUUUAUAUUAUCGGAGGCUUAGUAGACCACAAUUCUCAUAAAGGAAUUUGUUACAAUAAGGCUGUUGAACAAGGUAUAUCACAUGCAAAAUUGCCACUGGAGGAAUAUUUUUGGAUGCGACAGAGGAAAGUUUUAACUAUCAACCAUGUUUUUGAAAUCCUCCUUUUUGUCAGCGAAGGCAGCAGCUUUAAGGAGGCGUUUGAAAAAGUUUUACCCCAAAGGAUUGACAAAGUAGCAACAAAUAAGGCAGAACUGGAAGAAAGUCCUAAAGUUGAAACUGACACUUGUUAAUUGUUAACAUUAUUCUAUACAAUGAAUUUAUUAUAAAUAAAUAUUUUAAACAGCA